GUGCUGAAACGUUUGAAUGAUAUCAUAUCUGCCAUAGUUCGAUUUUUCAAACAACCUGAUGAACCGAUUCCAGAACUGGAAAAUUCAAUCUGGCUUAGAGAUUUUGGUUUUCUUGUGGAUAUUACAGAAAAGUUGAAUGAAUUUAAUUUGCAGCUUCAGGGGAGAGACAAAGAACUAGCAGAAAUAAUUUCUGAUAUAAAAGCGUUUAUCAAAAAGCUUCAGUUUUGGGAACAAAACUCAAUCGAUGGCGAUACCAGGCAUUUUUCUGUUCUUGCAGAAAAGAUAUAUCAAUGUCCAUUAGAACCAUACGACA